AUGAGCUGCCAGUCCCCACCCACACUCCAGGAGCUGGCAGAGGACAGCUUCCUGAGGGACCCGGUCUUGGCUAUCUCUGAUCUGGAUCGUGUGCCCUCAUAUUUCUUCCCAUCACUGUUCAAAAAGGCCUGCAGUAGGAGAUGCAUUAGCAUCAUGAUGGCAAUGGUGAGGGUCUGGCCCUUCCCCUGCCUCCCACUGGGAGCCAUGAUCAUGAGGAGCAGAGCCUACAAGAAAAUCUUAGAGAUUAUCCUGUUUGAGCUUGAUGACCUGCUUCUCCAGAAGGUUUUUCACAGCAGGUGCAGACUGAAAGUGCUGGAUUUACGAUUUAUGCCUUUGAAGAUGUGGGACAAGUGGUCUGUGUUCAUGACUAGUGACUGGAGUGAGAAUCCAGCAGGGGUGGAUCACUCGGGAACGGAGGUGAAGCCGCUGGUGAAGGUGGUGAUAGACCUGGUCCUCAAGAGUGACUCAGUAGACACCAUAGCGUCCUUCGUUGUUAAGUGGGUGGGUCGGAGGAAAGGUCUGAUGAGUCUGUGCUGUGGCCACCUACAGAUCUGGUCUAUGUCCGCUAAGUACCACAGAGAAGUCUUGGAGAUAUUGGAUCUGGACUCUAUCCAGAAACUGAGUUUGUACUACAUGAAUAAUACUACCUGCCUGUUUAGCUUCUCCCCUUACCUGGGCCGCAUGAGGCACCUGCGCAGUCUUCUUCUCUGCCACCUCUCGGGGCCCGGCUUCUUUCUCACCCCAGUGGAGAAACAACGGAUCAUCACCCAGUUCACCUCUCAGUUUGUCAACCUGACGCACCUCCGGAGCCUGCAUCUGCAUAAUGUUUUCUUCCUAAGGGGUCACCUGGACGAGCUAUUCUGGUGGCUAAAGUCACCCUUAGAGACGCUGUUGGUGACUAAGUGUUUUCUCUCAAAAUCAGACUGGACCCAUAUGUGUGAGUUCCUGUGUGCCAGUCAGCUAAAACACCUGAUUUUGAAAUGGACCAUACUGACUAAUUUCAGCCCAGAGCCCCUGCGAGUUCUGUUACUCAAAACUGCAUCUACUUUGAUUACCCUGGACUUGGAGGGCUGUCAGCUGAUGGACUCCCAACUCAAUGCCAUCCUGCCUGCCCUGAGACACUGUACCCAGCUCACCAGGCUUAACUUCUAUGGAAACUCUCUGUCUUCGUGUGAUCUUGAGGGAGUUGACAUCACGAGAUCAGGCUGAGGUACCAAGGAUCACAGAUAUUCCUUAUCCCGAGCUGUGAUGAUCACAGUGACCAAGAACCUUGAGAUGCCUAUUCAGCCUUGUGUUUAGAGAUGUGGGGAGAACUGUUGGGCAGCCUGAGCAUGCCUUUGUUUUAUGCCUCCUGCUUUGAAGGGUGUGAGUCGUGAUGUGCGUAUGUGUUGGGGCUUGUUGGAUGCCUAUUUAAUGAGAUGCAAAUAUCAGGCUCUUCUGUGGACACUGGGAGGCAAAAGGCAACACACAGGUGUUCGGUGAGAGGACACACAACACAUGGUUUUACACAGGGACCAUCAGUCCCAGCAGGAUGAUUAACCUGGUUUCCCCUUCAGAUCUAAUAAGGUCCUGUGACUUUCGGUUGUCCUGACUCUACCUUCUUCGACCUGAGUCUAGGCUUGUACAGUCAGACUUGCUUCUCUGUCUUUUAACUGAUCCUGGGGCUUGUUCUGUCCCUCAGUCAACAGUAGCAUUGUUUCAAUUCUCAGGUCCCAGCAAGAGAACCAACUAAACCCGCCUGGAUUAAGUAAAGGUGUGUGUUCCUGUGCAGGACUGCCUUCUUUUAAUUCAGUGGUGGGAAUUGAACUUGGCCUCACAUGCUGUGAGGAAGAGCUCUACCACUGAGCUGUGUUCCUGUGCCCUGAUUCCUAGUGUGCUGGGUGCUUCGUCAGUUCCUUACAGUCUCUGCCUCCUGACUGUCGGGGAGUACAAGUGUAAAUGUCACAUCUGGUUUGAUGCUUUUUAGGGGAUGGAGCCCAUAGCCGUUUAUUUACCUAGUGUGUGUUUACAUGUAGAGUGGAGAGAGAGAGAGAGAGAGAGAGAG